AUGUCAGGAAACGCGGCAACCGGCAAAUCCGGCGGGCUCGUUUGCGCAUUUUCAACGGUUGGCCACGCGUUCAAAUUGGCCUCUCCUCCUGGAAAAGGUAUCACGACGGUGUCAUUCCUACUUGACGGCUACCGUAGACCUCAGGGCGUGUUUUUGAGGCGAAGGUCUACGGUAGAAAAAAGGUGACUCUUGACAAGUGUUGUUGCCUGAUGGAAGCCCAAGUGGCCGAUAAUUGACAAAAAAAUGUUUUUGGACAAGGCACACUUGAAAAAAGUCGUGUGAGAAAAAUAUAAUUGACAAAUUUUCUCAAGGUAGCGAGAAGCAGUGGAAUAAGAGUGGAUUUUUAAAAACCUUUAUGGGACGUUGAGCUUUGGAAAAAGCGACCACGGCAUCAUUCGUCACUGAAAAUGACUUUCCGCCAAGAAACCUUUAAAAUAUCGCCUAUGGUUUUACAAAAACUGUUCUGGAACAAGUGUUGCUUUUUUCCAGAAGAAAAGCAAAAAUGUUUUCCUGAAUUUAAAGUCAUGUGCGAUAGAAAUUGUUAUACAAUGAUAUUCUGCAAAACUUUUUUUCACUUAAAAAAAUUCUCUUAAAAAAAUAUCUUCUUUUUUUAUCUUGUUUAUUAAAUCUCUUCGAUUCAACCUAAAAAUAUUUUUUUAAAUUAAAGUGGAACUUUAUCGAAGUGGAGACAAAUAUAACUUUCUUGGUUCUCUUCCUCCACGCCACAGAUCUUUCUGUGAGCGAACAAUAAAUAUUUCGUUUCAUUCAUAAAUGAGAGCAAUAUCUAUCUGGUUUUAAACAAUUGAAUGUCAGAAACAACUUUAAAAAUCAAAAAUUAAUCAGACUAACUCCUAAAAAAUUAAAAAAAACGCCAAGCGAACUCUGGAAUUUUUUUUCUUUUCACCUGCUCCCCCUCUCAGAGAUGCUCUCCCAUAUUUCGCCAAACCUUUUUUUUCUCCAUUUUUUUCCCUUUGGCCAACCUCACUCAACAUCUGCAAGUCGCGCUUCACAAGGAAAAAAACUUUUCUCCCACUUUUUUUUGUUUUCGCCGCGCAGACCUCCUACCGUAAACCUCAGGCGCUGCCCAACUUUUCAUUCCUCGCGCCAAUUCGACAAAUAUCUUGGGGAAGGCCGGCUUUUUCUCGUUUUCAACCGUAUCCUCUCUGUAGUUGUUUACCAAGCGCCUUUCCGUUUUUGGCGCAUAUUAAUGGCGUUGAGAAACGGCUCAGACUGGCUUGCGUCUGGAGGAAUCGCCUCAGCUGGGUUAUAUAUAUAGGAUUUUUUUUUUCUGGAUUUUUUUGUAGGAGUCUCUGGAAAGGGACUUGAGUAAGGCCUAUCAGGCAUUUGAAAAACAAAAUCCGUGGAGUUUUGAAGACAUAUGCUCCGGACUCGCAAUGGAAAUGGCACCAUCUAAAAUUGAGAAGGGAGCAGCACCUAGACCAUUAGAAGCUAGUGAAAAUUUGACAAACCUACAGGAAAAUGGUCAAAAAUUUAUCUAAAAAAUGAAAAAAAAAAGGAAUUUUGGAAACCCUGAAAAGCCGUCAAAGUAUUUGUUUUUUUAAGUUCGGUCUAGCUAGUUUUUCCAAACUUUGCAAAUAAAAAAAUUACAAGAAAAUUUUCAAAUUUUAAAAGUGACUUCGUUUAUUGUUGCCUGAAAUAAUUCAUUCAUUUUCGGGAAAAGAAGACAUUUUAGGAACUUUGGAGUUUUUCAGAAAACCUUGUUGAUGUACUUGAUAAAAGUUCCGGAAGUCCCAGCUUGCGAUACUCACUUUUCGAGACAUUCAAGGACUUUUUUAAAUUGAAGACAAAACAAAAUUUGAACGUCUUUGAAGUCUCGACCUGAAAUGUCGCACCGUUCGAUGUCGUUUCUGACGACGACUCGAGCGAGGACGGCCUCGAAAAGGUGACGCAGGCCAAAGUUGAAGCGAGGAGAGCAUUGUGCCCUUUUUUGGACAAGGGCGCGUGGCCGAACAAUGGAAAAGACGUGAUGCAACGGAGGGACAAAGAUUCGGACGACAGCCACGAGUUGGGCGGCGGUCCGAGCUCAUUCUCGAGAGCCUUUGAUUGAAAACACUCGACGACGACGCAACUCGUCGCCGGAUUACCCACAACUUCGUGACGGCGGCAUCUUCCAUCUCGGAUUAGGCUCAACUUGUAAUGUUUUGUGUUUUGGCGUCUCCGAACCGCCCGUGAGCACGUCUUGCCGCGAAAUAAAAGAGUAAAACUUGGAAGCCUUCUGAGCAAUAUGAGCCCUCGAUGUCAAUUUUUAAAUUCUGAGUAACAACAGUUGAGAUUAUAAGCCGUCUCCAUGAAAUAUGAAUAACAGUCUGAAUCUCACAAAAAAAACAUCUAGAAAAAAAAAAAUAAUAUUUUGAUCCAGCGUCAAGUUCACGUCUUUGAAAUCGGAAAGUUGAAAAACUAACUAUCUAUAUUCAAAGCUUUUUUGGUAGAGAAGCUUGUGAACGACAGCCGAGAGCCUAAAGACUUCGAUCCCGGUGUCAAUUUCCUUUGGAAAUAUCGACCUUGAAACCUCGAAAAGAAAAACUGAGUCCGUAUCAGCGAAACCAUAAUUUGAUGAACUGCGUUUGGGCAACUUCUCUUGAUUAGAAACAAUAGUAUAUUCACCAGCCGUUGGUAUUUGAAUCGAGGCCAGGAAGGAAACGAUAGAAAGGUCAAGUGAGUGUUCCAUGGAGCGAAUUUCGUCUGUUUACACAGGACGCUCGAGACAAAUGCGCGAAACGCGACCUACAGUAGUCUGUCAGUUGGGAUAACCCAGAACUGUCGUCAGUUUGGGUCAGAUUCCGUCGGUUUUUCAACAGUCUAGAGGAAUCGAAACUUCAAAAAGGUACUGUUAAAGAGUGAGCUUGAUACUUUCUGAGACGUUCUCUUGCGGGCAUACAGGAAGAUAGGAAUUACCCCCUUCUUGAUAGUCAUCAUCUCCAGCCGCGAUCAGAUUCACAGUUUCCUCUCAUGACUUGAUAAUAAUCCCCUUAAUCACCUCGAAACGGUAAUCAAGAAAGAGUAUAAGUUGCAAAAAAAGAAGUCGAAGUUGGCGGUGGAUUUGACCUCGACUGAAGGAGUUCUCGACAGGAGAGAACGACACGCACUCGUACGCAUUCAUGACAGAUAUCGUGUUUGUUCACUUCAUUAGGUGUCCAAGGUCGCCGACACGGAUCCGGGAAGUCCUCGAAGGCUCCUCGGCAGCCGUUCAAUGGCUCGAUGACACCAAUACAGGCCAGAACUCAUCAGCAACACAGGGUUCUUCUCUUAGAACUAGUAAGAUCUAUCAGUCAGUCAAACCUAGAGAGCCUCAAAUAGCCGUUAAGACUCCUUUUCACGCCAUGGCUGAACUAGAGAUGGAAGAUAAUCCAGUUCAGAAACUAUGAAUUAGCCAUGAAAACUGUAGCCUUUGCUCUUACAUCGUCUGAAUCGAGAGUCAUCAGAGGUCUUUUAAGAUGUCGGCCUUUCUCGAGCUAAUGGCAAAGAUUUGAGCAAUUCGCUGUUCACAGUUUCUUCAACUCCUUCUUAUGAAAAGUAUGAUUAAAGAUACCUCCACUUCCUCAUUGAGCUUCUUCUCUUGUGCUCAUGGAUUUCGAAGCGAGAUUAUUACUUGGACAAACAUACAGUGCAGCUGCAAAUUGGUCGGAUCAACGGAUACGGUAACAGGUCGCCGGCAAACACGCUGCACACUCGAGGGACCGCGCCAGCUGCGGCCAACUCGGGUUACGCAAGCUGCACGUGUAUCCGACGUCUGAUAACGUCGGGUAAUGACAGACAGCGGCGGAUGAGUACGUCAUCCAAUCCGGCGCCUUCGGUUUCGGCACGUCUUCUCAUGCCUUUCCUAGAGAAUUAAUACUCCAAUUAAGGAAUAAUGACUUUACUUCAUGAUUUGUUUCUUAAAAAAACGUUUAUCUAACAGGAAAGUUUCAUGAGAAUUUAUAAUAUUGAGUAAAUAGGGUGAAUAAAAUUGAGCUUGAAUUUCCAUAUCCUCAGCUUUUCAGGUAACUUCCGAAAAAAAAUAUAAAUGAAUUUGAAAAAAAAAAGACUUUUUGGCAUUUCAAGAUCAAACUUAAUGAUGAAGCUUCUCUAAAAGAAAAAAACUCUAAAACUCAGGGAUUUAGAAAAAUUGGAAUGUUUGCCAAACCAAUCGUACUAAUCUCAGAAAAUAAAAGAUAUUCCAGCGAACAAACUGCACGAACAAGAGGCAUUAAUGUGA